GCCGCGGCUGGAAGUGGAGACGAGGGGCUUCAUUUACUCACCAGUUAACUAAAACAUAUGAAUACCGGUGACACAUGACAAUAACAGCUUAGCAACAGCUCUCUGAAGACAGCCGGUGACAGCUAAGUGACAGCUAAGUGACAAGUAUCCUUUAUUUUUUCAAUUAAGGUGGGUGAGGAGAUACUGAAAUAAGAAGUGUGAGGUGGACCAGGUGGGAGUGAAACCUUCCCUGCGGGAGGUCCCGGGGAGCCAUGGCAGCCCCCCCGGUGGAGUACACCAUCGGAGGAGUGAGGAUCACCUUCCCCUGCAAGGCGUACCCGUCCCAGCUGGCCAUGAUGAACUCUAUCGUCCGGGGGUUGAACUACGGGCAGCACUGUUUGCUGGAGAGUCCCACGGGCAGUGGGAAGAGCCUGGCCUUGCUGUGCUCUGCUCUGGGCUGGCAACGCGCUCAGGCUGCUAAACUUCAUGAAGGAGGCGGUUUCAUGGAGGAGAAGAGUCAGCCUGCUAAAGUUUCCGGGGACUGUAAGGCGGCGGGUUCCCCCGCCCCGUGUUGCUGUGUGUGCCACAACCAACCCAGCAGCGCCCGAGGUCCAGCUGCAGCCCAGCCUGCUGUCGUGGACCUCACGGUGUCCCCCUGCAACGGAACGACCCGGCCGCCGGCCCGAGCACCAGAACACCUGCCUUUAGCAGAGGAGUCUCCAGCCCAGAGGAGAUCUCUGUCCUCCCGUUUGUCUGAGAAGGUCCAGGCUUGUCUCAGCUCCGACUGCCAGGAAGAAGACGACUUUCAGCCAGACAGGAAACGUCUUCGCAGUGCAGAGUACCAGAGCCACAAGAGGCAGCGUCCACAGAAAGGAGUCAUUUUCAUAGACGAUGAAGACGAGCUGGACGUAGAACCUUCGGUUCCUCCGAGCUGGAUCCCAGCUAUGAACAGCCAGAAGGCCGGUCUGUCCUCAUCAUACUGCGUGCCUGAGCCCUGCUCCCGCUGCCCCUGCGCUGCAGCCAAGGACACUGGGAAGGACAAAGACAAAGAUGGCAGAAAGAAGAUUCCCAAGAUUUUCUUCGGCACACGCACUCAUAAACAAAUAACUCAGGUUGCACACGAGCUGAAGCGCACCGUUUACUCCGGCGUGCACAUGACCAUCCUGUCCAGCAGGGAUCACACCUGUGUCCACCCCGAAGUGGCGCCUCACUCCAACCGCAACGAGCGAUGCAAAGAGCUUCUGGAGGCCAAAGACGGCAAGUCGUGCCGGUUCUACCAUGGCGUCCAGAGGAUGAACGACCAGCACGUCCUGCAGCGGGUCCACGGGCUGCACCAGGCCUGGGACAUCGAGGACCUGGUGGCCCUGGGCAAGCGCAUCCGCGCAUGCUCUUACUACGCUGCCCGGGAACUCAUGCAGGGGGCUGCCAUCAUAUUCUGCCCCUACAACUACCUGCUGGACCCAAUGAUCAGAGAGAGCAUGGAGAUCGACCUGGCGGGCCAGAUCCUGGUGCUGGACGAGGCCCACAACAUCGAGGACUGUGCCAGGGAAAGUGCCAGUUACACGGUAGACCAGAAGAAUCUGCAGACGUCCAGGGAGGAGCUGGACAGCAUGGUCAACAACAACAUCAGACGCUCCCAGCACGAACCUCUCAGGGACUUCUGCUACACCCUGAUCAACUGGAUCCAGGACAGCCAGGACUGCUUAUCUGAACGUGGCUACGAGUGUUCCAGUAAGGUCUGGAGCGGGAAGGAGAUACUGGGCAUCUUUCAUGGUCUGGGCAUUACUGUGGACACCUUCUCCAUUCUGAAGCAAUGCUUAGCAGCAGUUCUGGAGAAGGAAGAGCGUGUUGGUUUGGUCAAUGGGAAGGAGGACAUGGUGCAGGUCCCAGUCAUCAGCUCGUCUACAUCCUCCGUCCUCAAAAACCUCUUCAUGGUGCUGGACUUCCACUACAGGGACAACUGCCGGUUUGCUGAGGACUACCGGGUAGCUCUGCAGAGGAGCUUCGCUUGGACCAAUCAAGUCCCGCCUGACAUUCCUGACGCCAAAGGCUUCUUUGUCCGUCCACGUGCUCGACAGCGCCAGAGCCACCGAGUCAAGACAGAAGUUGUGACCCUGAGCUUCUGGUGCCUCAACCCUGCCGUGGCCUUUUCUGACCUGAGUGGGUUAGUUCACAGCAUCGUGCUGACAUCAGGAACCCUGUCACCCAUGGGCUCGUUCUCCUCUGAACUUGGAGUGAAAUUCACCAUCCAGUUGGAGGCCAACCAUGUGAUCAAAAAAUCCCAGGUUUGGGUGGGCACAGUUGGUGACGGACCCCAGGGCAGGAAGCUGUGUGCCACCUUUCAGCACGCUGAAACGUUCGCCUUCCAGGAUGAAGUGGGUGCCCUGCUCCUCCACGUGUGCCAGGUCAUGGCCAAGGGCGUGCUGUGCUUCCUGCCCUCAUACAAGAUGCUGGACAAGCUGAGAGACCGAUGGACCACCACUGGUCUGUGGGAAAAACUAGAACAAAAGAAAACUGUGAUCACAGAACCCCGAGGUGGCGGGAAGGGGGAUUUUGACGAGCUUCUUCAGAUGUAUUAUGAUGCCAUCAAGUACUGCGUGGACAGAGAUGGUGCGCUGCUCAUAGCUGUUUGCAGAGGAAAGGUCAGCGAGGGGCUGGACUUCACCGAUGACAACGCCAGGGCAGUGGUCACCAUCGGAAUUCCCUUCCCCAACAUCAAAGACCUGCAGGUGGAACUGAAAAUGAAGUACAAUGAUCAGCACUGCAAGUCCAGAGGUCUUCUCCCAGGGAGUCGCUGGUAUGAGAUUCAGGCCUACCGAGCUCUGAACCAGGCCCUGGGAAGGUGUAUCCGCCACAGGAAUGACUGGGGUGCCUUGAUCCUUGUGGACGACCGGUACAGGAAUAAUCCUAAUCGGUACAUCACAGGCUUGUCUAAAUGGGUCCGUCAGCUCGUCCAGCAUCACAACACCUUCAGCAAUGCAAUGCAUUCCCUGGAAGCGUUCUCUCAGGUCCAGAACAAGGUGGAAGUGGCACCUGCAGGUAGUCAGAUCCUCAGCCCUACUGAUUCACCUACCACCAAUCAGCUGUCAGGAGCUGUUAAGGCCUCUGAACCCCAGAUACCUGAACCCCACCAGGACACGAGUCCCUCCAUUCUACCUUCUUCCUCCUGCACACACCUGAAAGCUACACACAAUGAGAAAGCAGGACCGUUGGCGAUGCUGCAGAGCCCCCCAGCAGGCCAUCUGCCUCCGCAGCCUCCCAUGCACAUCUCCACCUUCAUAAGCUCCAACUUUAAAAAGCCAAUCUUCAACGUAAAACCCCCGGGUGAUUCCAGCCGGCCUGAGAGCCGCCAGACUUCCUUUUUGCCGUUAAAGCCAGAGGCCUUUGGCCUUAAACAAGGGCCUGGAAAAAGUUCCAGUGAAACCAGUGCAGAAUCCACUAAUCUGGUUCCCGAGCCAGCCACAGCAACAGAUCCUCCCACGUGUGACGACGGAACACCCGUGGAAAACACUUGCGAUGAAGACGAUGAGGACCAGACUGUGUUUUUUACUCCUGAACUGUUUGAGGAGGACGGAGGGGAGGGUAGCCCUCAGAAAGAGACAAAUCCUGUGUCACCGUCCAAGACAUCUUUAGAGAGCCCAGCCCUGGUAUCGGGAGAACUGUUAGGCUCACAACAAGUCCCGGGGUUGGCCUCCUUUUCUGGUGGACAGAUUUUAGUCAGGAAGGAGGGCGAUGAGCGGCUUCAGGGACAGGGAGAGGCCAGCGGAGGAGAGAAGGCAGAGGCCAGCGGAGGAGAGAAGGGAGAGGCCAGCGGAGGAGAGAAGGGAGAGGCCAGCGGAGGAGAGAAGGGAGAGGCCAGCGGAGGAGAGAAGGGAGAGGCCAGCGGAGGAGAGAAGGCAGAGGAGCUUAGAACCCAGACAGGCAGGAGACCUAGCAGACUAUCCAGGUCCAGGCAGACGCUCUCCUCCACUCAGACAGGUAACUACCAGCCAGAACUCUGAACGAGUGUGUAGAUGAAGACAAACGUAAAACAACAGUGCAAUGAAAAUCCCUGUUUAGUUGAGUCCACCUUUGCUGCAUAAGGUUCGUUUUCAUCUUUCGAUGUUUCACAUCACGUGUUUCAGAAUCGACUCUUAUUCCUCUAACGUCUAGUAUAAGUGUGUGACUACGUCAGCGCUGCCUCAGGCAAUCAGCCCACACACUCAUUACUUGUGUGGAGGAGAUGGUGAAGCUCCACAAAGCCAGACCUUAUGCAGUGUGACAGAUGCUCUAAUUAAGGACUAUUUCCAGUUUUAAAACACAACUAACCAAUGUCGUGUCAUUGCUUAGACGCCCGUUUGGGCAAAUCAUUAAAAUACAGAAGUAGGAGCUCAUUUGUGUUCUGCAGUGGUACAUAAUCAUUUAGUUGCAUUUAAUGAAAUGUCUGGGGGUAAUGGGUGGAGAAUGUGGGUGCAGAAUCAUGCCCGAUUUAAUCCAAAGAGGACCCCUUUAUUUUUCCAAUUAAGUGCUUUGAUGCUAUAAACUGAAGUGAAUUUAGUGCAUGGAGGGUGGGGAUGUGACAUUUGUUUUCAUACAUUUACGUGAACUCUGUUUAA